ACACACAAACACAGAGCAAAAAGGUACCCCCAGAAAUAGAAAAAGAACUCAAAAAAAGCAGUGUGAGUGCGUGUCAGAUCUCUCAAUUUUAUCUCAAUUUUAUCCCAACUCAUCGGGAGUGUUUUUUGUCUUGUUUAUAAACGGUGGGAGAAAGAACUCGAAGGGAUAACCACAGAGAGAGAAAAUGUCUGAAGUGAAAGACCCCAAGAUAAAGCUUUUCGGCAAAACCAUUGAACUUCCCGAGGCGGCGGAGAAGACUGGUGAAGCAGCUCAGUUGUGUGAUGCCGCGGGAGAGGAUACUUCGAUUAAUCAAGACCCCCCUUGCUCAUCUAGCUCCAUGAUUGAAGAAAAUGAUAUCAACGGCGAUGGAGAGGACCUUGAAUCGAACAAGAACCAACCAGGUUUAAGACAAGAUGAUAAAGAGGAAGGUCGGUCCCAGCCUUUGACAUCGGAUGAAUUAAAAGAUUCUAAUGCUAAUGCAACCCCAUCUAUAGUUGAGGAUCCUAAGGCAUUGUCUGCUGGUAGCGAUGCUGGACCCAUGGAAAGCUUGAAGACGGAAGAGGACCAGACUGAGACCAGUGACUCACAGGACAAAACUCUGAAGAAGCCAGACAAGAUACUCCCGUGUCCUCGUUGCAACAGCAUGGAUACAAAAUUUUGUUAUUUUAACAAUUACAAUGUCAACCAGCCACGACAUUUCUGCAAGAAUUGUCAGAGGUACUGGACAGCUGGUGGGACCAUGAGGAAUGUGCCUGUAGGGGCCGGUCGCCGUAAGAGCAAGAAUGCUGCUUCCCAGUUCCGUCAUCUAACUGUUCCUGAUGGCCUUCAGAAUGUUCAGGUGGACCUCCCGAACGGAAUACACCACCCUGUUCUGAGCCCCAAUGGCACUGUUAUCACUUUCAAUUCAGACACACCUCUAUGUGAAUCAAUGGUGUCUGUCUUGAAUAUUGGCGAGAAAGCCGUCAGAAACAACAUGAGGAACGGGUUCCACAGACCGGAAGAAGUAGGAAUCGAGGCUUCUCAUGGGCUUAAAGAGAAUGGAGAUGAUCGCUCAAGUGGAUCUUCCACCACUGCCGCAAGCUCAAAGGAAGAAGUUGGUAAAACCGGCUUGCCUGAACUGAUUCCAAACAGUCAUCCCUUUCCUCCCCAAGUUCCUUGCUUUCCAGGUGCCCCAUGGCCUUAUCCGUGGCAUUCUGUUCAGUGGACUGCUCCCGUGUCUCCACCAAACUUUCCACCCGGUGGCUUUGCUUUGCCCUUCUAUCCUCCAGCACCAGCUUACUGGGGUUGUGCUGUACCUGGCCCUUGGAAUGUUCCUUGGAUUAUCCCCCCAACACCAUCACAGGGCAACACUCCUCCGAUUUCCAGCCCCAAUUCCCCAACAUUAGGGAAGCACUCGAGAGAUGACAACACUCUGAUGCCCGUCAACCCAGAGGAAGCAAGUGAGAAGGAGAGUAAUCCCAAGAAAUGUCUGUGGGUUCCGAAAACUUUGAGAAUUGACGAUCCUGGAGAGGCUGCCAAGAGUUCCAUAUGGGCAACUUUAGGUAUAAAGAAUGAGAGAGCGGAUUCUGUGGGUAGUGGUGGUCUUUUUAAGGCCUUCGAAAGCCAAUUGAAAGGUGGUGAAAAGGCUCAUGGUCCAGAAACAUCGACAGUAUUACAAGCAAAUCCAGCAGCUUUGUCUAGGUCAUUGAACUUCCACGAGAGCUCUUAAGCUUACCGAACUGGAGUUGUCUUCUUCUUGAAUCGUCUCGACAGGAUAUCAUUGCUUGAUUUGUUCCAGACAGUCCCUUGUGCCAGGAUAUCCAUUGAUGAAGCUACAGACGAAUGAGGCUGGAGAUUGGGUAAAUUCUCUUCAAUCUUGAUAAACAUGUGAUUACUUAACAUUAAAACUAGCAAAUAGCUGUUCUUUGGUAGGUGGUAGAUGGACUGGGGGGCUUGCUUCUUUAGUUAUUGUACAUAAUUAUAUGCGAGAGCAGGAUCAGUGUAAUGCUUGUGCAGUGAAAUAAGUUGAGUUUCUUUGUAAUACUAUUUGCCUCUUCCUAAA